CAUCAACAUGAAUGCCCUCGACUUCCUAGUGGAAUUUGUUCAUCUCGCAAGCACCUCAGACCAUUUACUUCCGCAGCACAACCAAAACCUCAACACCUCCAAGCAUCCGAUAUGCAACACAGGAACAGAUGUGCUGACUUCAGCAUACCCCAGAGCUUAUGAGCAGUAUCAUUUCGCACAGCAAGCACCGGAACAACAACCUAUAUGCAAUUUCCCUACAGAUACGCUAUCUACGCAACACAUGUUUUCGGUGUCAGCAAGUCAUUUGCCUGACCGCAAUAUCCCCAACUUUGAACAUCACGACAUACCCCAUGUUUCAAUAGAGCAUGAUGAUCACACGUCGCAGACAUUUGUUAGAUACCCUCAGAAAGAGCAGAUGAAUGAGUCUUCUCACGAAACAAUCUCCGUUAUACCACAAGCAUACUACCAGCAGUCAAAUGGCCAUGUACCAUGGACUACAGACUACGAAGCCAGCAACACCCAAGUCCCUAUCCUGAACACGCGGUACGACCCUCAAACACUAUACAUCUUCCAGCCAACCCACCAACAGGAACCCCACUACGUAUCCUUCUCCGAGGAAGUCUCACCCGUCCAGAUCCACUGUAACAACAGCCUCUGCGGAUGCUGGGUCCAAAAACCACAAACCUAUCACCCGACAGAAAAUACACGGCCGCCCUGGAACGCAACUCAAGCCCCAUAUGGUCCCGAAGUCCCACCCAUCUACGGUGACCGGACACUAGAAUCUACCAGGAGGUCCAAUUUCAGCACUGUCUAGAACACCCCCCCUCCCACCAAUCUCACCACACCAUCUCAAUCUUCCAGCCUACCUAUUCCUCUACUAGCACCGCCAACUCCGCUACCGUACAAGUUCAACCUCAAGAAUCCAAAUGUAGAGCAUUACAACACGUCGUUUUAAUCCUGGAGGUCCUGCAGAGUGAUGUGCGUGCAUGUUUCCUUUUGCAGAUUAAGGACUUAUUUAGGGAUAGUGGCUACAAAAAAAGGACUUAGAUUCAGGCUAGUAUGUAGGAGGAGUUUGGGGGGAUUUAGAUUUGCUGCAGAUGUAAAAGUGUGACUGGGUUAGAGAUUAGAAUGGUUGAGGUUAAGUGGUUUGAUGGAUGUUGAUUUACACAUCUCUCUGUAAGAUGGGAUGCUUGGUAUGUUUGUUUUGUGCAGGAGAUCUUGUCGGGAUAUCAAGUGGAUAUCAUUGAUAUUAGUGUUCUGUGUUUACGAAUUAUACCAUGUGCAGAG